AUGGCGGAUACCGUUUCCCACAAACCGGAGCCCCGAAAACACUCCCCAACCGACCCAGAAAACGACCCGUCUAGCAAGUUCUACCGCCAUUUUCUGUUUAAAUCUUCCCUCAUAACAGUCUUAAUCCUCCUUCUUUCUCUUUUCCCCUCGAUUGCCCCUGAAUUCAUCAGCCGAACUCUGCACGCCGCCAGCUGGGAGCUUCUCCGACUCAUCUUCAUCGGCAUAGCCGUUUCGUACGGACUUUUCAGCCGAAAAAAUGAGCAAAUGGAGAAGCCCGAAAGCCCGCGGGUCGUAACGUUAAAUUCCCGGUACUUUAGAGUCGAGCCCGUGGUUAUGGUGGCCAAACAACAAAUAACCAACGAAAACAAGCCUCUGCUUUUGCCAGUCAGGAGCCUCAAACCAAAACCGAGGAAUGUGGAUGACAUGGCGGUCCUCCGUUCGCCGAUUCCUUGGAUGUCGCGGUCGAGAAGGACGGAAACAAAUGAGAAUGAGGACAUAAAAACGAACCCGGUCGAUGGCUUGAAAUUUAAUAGUAGUUCGCCGAAUCAUAAGAAGUUAACUCAAUCCAAGUCGAGCUCGUGUUUUGCGGCCAACGAUGACGUGGCAAAAUUUCUGGGUGUGAUCGAAACUAGCGACGAAGAUAAUGUUGGUAAUAAUAUUGACGUGGACAAGAAGGCGGACGAAUUCAUAGCUAAGUUCCGAGAGCAGAUAAGGCUGCAGAGAAUCGAGUCGAUUAGAAGGUCAUCCGCACAAUUUGGCGGGAAGGCUUUCGAUUAG